AUGGAUAUUUGGGGAAAUGUUAAGAUACCCAAGCUUGAAUCUCUCAACCAAUCAACUUCCGAUAUCGACAGCUGGGUGCAAGUACCCAAGAACCAGAAUAUAUCCUAUGUCUCUCUAAUUGGGGUCCCCAUGGCCGGAACAGAGCUCAUCAGACAAACUUUCUCAAAAUUCACGAUCCAGUAUACCUACUUCAACUGGGACUGCACAAAGCCCGACAAUCGGACCAUCUCUGACCCCUGGUUUGCCGAAAUUGGAAUUAACGUCAACAAAACACUUAAUUUCAAUGUGCAGCCAUACCGAUCAUCUAUGUUUGUGAGAAUGCCAACAGUCAGGAGGAAGCUAGGAUUAGUGUACCUAGAUCCUGCGAGAUUCCUCUACGUAUCAAGAAUCAACGAGGGGGACUCCGUAGACUACCCUGGUAUCUCCAACCUCUGGAGGUGGCUCACGACCUCGAACUGCUCCGUCACCAGACUGCGCCCAUACGUUACUAUUGCCCAGCGUCCCGCUACCCAUACGGCCCUCGACGGAACUGAUGAUUCGGUCAUUACCGGUUUCUCUGACACCAACCGCCAACCUAACGUCGUGCGUUACACGAUCUUAGCAACAGCCACCGAGCGCUUCAUCCAGGACCCCGACACUGUUACGCGCAUCUCUAACCACGAUUUUGAGCUCGCCACUGCUUCUGACGGCCUUCUAACCAAUAUCUCUUCCCUCUCGAAGGAGACCUUCCAAACCAGGUUUGGCCUUGCCUUCAACUCCUACUACACUGGGACCCUAGCACCCAGCUACAUCGCCGGUACACCACUGUCAUUCGAUGAGUUGCUCGCCUUCGACAGUUCGGAUUCGGCCUACCUCACGCCCGACGAACCGAGAAGGUACAACCACACGCUCACGGGGCCUAUGGCAAUGAGGCUGCCGGGCAACCACACGUUCAUUGCACGCGAAACGUCCACAAAAUUUGUCUUUCAGGAAAAGAAGUAUGUCUGCGAUAAGAUGUGGCUGUGGAUUCUGGUAGCCACGACGGCUGUGCUGAUUAUAGCGGCACAUCUGGGCACGUACCUCAAGUGCAUGAGUGUUGCGCCAGAUAUUCUGGGGAGUGUGUCGAGUUUGACGAGGGAUAAUCCGUAUAUUCCGUUGCCUGGGGGUGGGUGUAUUCUGGAGGGGGCGGAAAGGACGAGGUUGCUAGCGGGGUUGGAGGUCAGGGUGGUUGAUGUAAGGCCAAAUGAGGAGGUUGGCCAUAUUGCGUUGUCCUCGUUGAAGGACGGAGUGAAGCCAUUGGUGAAGGGAAGGUUGUAUAUGGACUCGUGA